AUGUCGACCGAGUUCUUUGCCUCGAGCUCCACGGCCACGGGCCCGGCCUUCUGCCCACACUGUGGCACGAUCUUGGACCAUCCAGAUACGAACAGUAUCGUUUGCUCUGCCUGCGAGUACCGAUGUCGCUACCAAGACUUGCCGUCACUCACUGUCGUAACACGGAGCGAGGAUAAGCCGCAGCCCAAGUGGCUGAACGCUGAGAAGGUUAUGAGUGAAGUUACAGGCCCGGCUCGCGCCACAGUGGAGGAGACGUGUCCCAAAUGUGGCAAUCCGGAGAUGGACUACUAUACACUGCAGCUCCGGUCGGCUGAUGAAGGUCAGACGGUGUUCUACGAGUGUAAGAAAUGUGGACACAAGUCUUCGGUCAAUAACUAA